GAGCGACCACUGUUGGCUUUAGAUAGCUGACUCGCAGGCUGUGCGGCCGACCGAUCGACCGACUGACAGACGGACUGACGAGCGGAAGAACUGGAUAGCCGACUCGCUCGCUUGCCCGCCCUGCAGGUAGCAGUGGCAACAGCAGUGGCAGGAAGUUUCGAGUCUGCCCGUCGCGCUCAUUGACGUUCGGAAGAAUAUUCAAGUUCGAUAUGACGGCUCUCAGAAUAAUCGCGAAGCGACCUUCUCCAGAUGAAGGUGAAGCCAACCGGUUCGCUACGAUUGGACGCCACACAAUGUCUCGGGCCCCGCUAGCGAUGGCUAUCGAAACCCCCAUUUGGAGUGGAUCUCCUCAGGGCGUCCUAUGUUAUCCAUCGCCCACAAAAAGCCUCGAUCGGAAAUAUUCGAAGCGAUGGUCUCUCUACAACAGGAAAACGACUCCAAAACGCAAGGAGAAAAACAAUCAAACAGCGAAUCGACAUCCCAGCCAACAACAACUGACCUCGGAACCCGACGACAUAACGGAUCGCUUGUGCGUUCGCCGCAAGUGGACUUCGAACGAGAACUUCCGCGCGGUGAAUAUCUUCGAGGAGGAAACGAGCCCCUCCCGAAUCUGGAGGCAAGAGACACAACUAGACACGAAUAUGAACAUGUUUUCGUGGAGAGGCGAAGAGUGUCCGGACGUGCCAGACUCGCGUCUCGUGAAGGAGCCGAGUGUUCAAUCUCUGAAAGCGUCCGGCUACGAAGUACCGAUACCAUGCAGUAUAGGCCUCGCCCCGAACGACAGAGCGAAUUCUCUGAACUCGUUCAUGACAGACGAUUCCAUCAGAUUGGCUUCGACAGGUACGGCCACCCUCCGUCGACAGACCUCAUUGAGGAAAGUGGAAUUACCGAAAGUGUCAGGAAACGGUCCGAGUUUGAAAGAAGUCAAAGCCCUCCUGAAAGAGGAGGCGAAGAACCUACCCCCUCCAUUGAAGCUGAUUCCGAUUUCGCCUUCGAAUCACGAAUCGAAAGCCGGUUUCGCCAAGUUCCUCUUGAGGUUCUCCUCACGAGGCUCUGCCGAACAACAGAAAACAAUAUCAGCCCCGAUCGUCGAAUCGAUCAGGGCUCCGGUCCGGAGGAACCUCUCACUCGGCUCCGUGGAUCGUCGGAUCAAACCUCCGAUUCCACCGAAACCUCAAUUCCAAAGGAACAGUCUGAGCUCGAGCUCGGGGGACUCGCACUCAACGACGUCGUCGAUCGCAUCCGACCAAACCCUCACGGACGAGGACCGGAGCGUGGACAUCCGCUGCGACCUCGACGACGUUCUCAUAAUGGACCUGUUGAAAACGUUGGACAUCGACGACGACGAAAAAGUCAAACUGGCGCGGCGGGAAUCACCGACGGCAGAGGAUAACGCGCUAUCGGAACUGGACGCGGCGAUGGAGAAGUUGAUCGCUGCUACCGCUGCUGCUGCCGCCGCUGCCGCUAUCAUCGACGACUCCUCUACCGCCCCCGUCGCCAGUCGAGCUAGAUUGCGAAUUCAUAUCGUUCAGACUUUCUAUUCGACGUACCAAGCGCGGAAAAGAGUGCGAAUGGCUUGUUAA